AAUAUUCAUUAUAUUACUUAUAUUUUUAAUGUAACAGUAUAGAUGUCAAUGCACCACAAACAUUGUUUAAAAUCAUGAGUUUUCAGUUGAAGAAACCUAGUGCGAUUUUUAAACACCUCAAUUCAUUUGCUGAGAGAAAUGAAUUCGAACAGAAUGCCCUGAAACUGAAAACGUCAGAAGACAGUCAAAAUACUGCAAGAUCCGAUGUACUUGAAAAUGAUAUUGAUAAUUUAACAAGCACCAAACAGUCUUGCGAAGAUCUUCAAUCUGCAUCCACCAAGCAGUCAAGCCGUAAUAGUGGAUCUCCUAAUACUGAAUUAAAAAACCAUACUACUAAAGAAAAUUCUACUAUAAAAAUCACAAAAUCUCAAAAGUCUAACAUAGUGGCUUCUACUUCAGAAAAUAAUAAAAGAUUACAAAAGACUAAUUUAAUCUUAAACAGAAAUCAUUCUGAUCCAAAUUUAUCAAAAAAAAUUGAGACUUUAUUAAAUAAUGAAAAUAUGAAUGUACUUGAUGUUAGAUAUAUGGACGUAACUAAGAAACUAGAAGCUCAUGUUAAAAGUCUAGAAAAAUUAGAAUAUGAUAUGCUGCAAAAAGUGUUUGACAUGUUCGUUGAUAUACCAGAAAAUGUAGCCAUUAAUAUACCAGGUCUUCGAGAUCCAUCAUCUUUGCCUCAUUUUAAAAAAGUUAGACAAAAAAUUAAAAAUAAAUUAAAAGUUGCAAGAGCACAAUUAAAAUCUCAACAAGAAAUAAUUAAAAAAGAAAACAGCCUUAAUGUUUUGAAUGAUACUUUUAUUAGUCCUGAUAAAAAUAUUAAAGAAGAAAAAAUUUCAAAAAAUAUAUCAGACAAUAAUGAUAUGCUAUUAGAUGAAAAAUUAGAAAAUCAAAUAAAUUUGAACUUGAAUUAUGAUAAUAAUUCAGUAAAGUUAUCAAACUUGCAUUCAUUUUCUGAUAUACCUACAUCUAGUAAUUCAUCAAUAACCCAAUCUAGACUUAAUAAUUUGACAUGUACUGUAACAUCAUUACAUUUUAAUUCAAAAGAAAAUAAUAAAAUUAGCCACGACAAAUCAGAUUUCAAUAUAAAUGUAGAUGUUCAAAAAUCAACUCCUAGUUCACAAAUUAUGAAUGAAAAUAAAUCAACUACUAGUCAAAAUAUUAAUCUAUUGAACUCAACAGAAACAGACUCAUCCAAAACUGAGUUGACUAGAACUGAUUAUGAUUUCUCGUGGGAACUAUUAGCAGUAUUUAAAAGAACUUUUGGACUCCGAAAUUUUCGAGAAAAUCAAUUUGAAGCUAUUAAUGCUGCUUUGCUGGGACAUAAUUGUUUUAUACUAAUGCCAACAGGUGGUGGAAAAUCAUUAUGUUAUCAAUUACCUGCGGUUAUAUCUAGAGGCAUUACUAUUGUAAUUUCACCACUAAAAUCCUUAAUAAUUGAUCAAACUCAAAAAUUAAAAUCUCUUGAUAUACCGGCUGCUCAUUUAUUAAGUAAUAUUACAGCUGAUGAAGAAAAUGAAAUCUUUUCUAAACUUUGGGAAGCUGAACCAGGAUUCAAAUUAUUGUAUGUUACUCCUGAAAAAGUUAAAGCAAGCAAUAAACUAUUACAAGUCUUAAACAAUUUAUAUUGUAGAAAUAUGUUAGCUCGAAUAGUUAUUGAUGAAGCUCACUGUGUUUCAAAUUGGGGUCAUGAUUUUCGGCCAGAUUAUAAGCAAUUAGGUGUAUUAAAAGAAAAUUAUAAAAAUGUCCCGAUAAUGGCAUUAACAGCUACCGCAACACAACGUGUUCGCAAAGAUAUUUUACACCAACUUAAUAUUGAAGAUACAAAAUGGUUCAUAUCUAGUUUUAAUCGACCCAAUUUAGUUUAUGAAGUAAUUCCAAAAAGUGGUAAAUCUACAUUAUUAGAAAUUGUCAAACUAAUAAAAUCUAAAUUUGAUCGUCAAUCUGGUAUAAUUUAUUGCAUGACUAAAAAGGAAUGUGACAGUACUGCUGUACUAUUGUCUAGAGAAGGAAUCAAAGUAGCAAGUUACCAUGCUGGGUUAACUGAUAAACAAAGAAAUAAUAUUCAAUUGCAAUGGACAUCAAAUAAAUUGAAUCUAGUUUGUGCUACGAUUGCAUUUGGCAUGGGCAUUGAUAAACCUGAUGUACGAUAUGUUAUACAUUAUUCAUUACCACAAUCUAUUGAAGGUUAUUAUCAAGAAUCUGGUAGAGCUGGCCGAGAUGGUGAUGUUGCACACUGCAUUCUGUUUUAUGUCUAUUCAGAUAUGCAUCGUAUACAAAAACUCAUUCAAAUUGGAAACGGAGCGACUUUCGAAACAAAAAAAGUACGUUUGCAGAACCUUUGUAGAAUUGUAUCAUACUGCGAAAACAAAACUGACUGUCGUCGUGCUUUACAACUUAACUAUUUUGAUGAAAUAUUCGAUAGAGUUCAAUGCAUUUCUAAUGAAGAGACUAUGUGUGACAAUUGUCGCAAUAAGCUAUCUACAAAAUUAAUUGAUAUCACUGAAGAAAGCAUCAAAUUAAUUACUGCUGUUCAAGAAAUUUGUGGUUCAGACAGUAGUUGGAAAAAUAAUUUUACAUUCACUCAUUUCGUGGACAUUUUUAAAGGAUGUAAAACUCAAAAAGUGAAAUUACAUGGCCAUGAACGCUCCAAUAUUUUUGGUUGUGGUGUACAUUGGAAUCGACAUGAUGUAGAGCGAUUGAUAAAUAAAUUAAUACUUGAAGGAUAUUUAAGAGAAGAGAUGGUGAUUGCUAAUAAAUCUGAUAUUAUGAAUGCAUAUAUUCGAAUUGGUCCUGUAGCUGAAAAGCUUCUUAAUGGAUCUGUCAAGUUAUCACUUGCCUUGAGUUCAAAAAAUAAUACAGUUGCUGAUCAAACUUCUUCUAGUAAAAAAGAGCCAGCGAUAAAUCCAAUGCUAAAAGAAAUACAAGAAAAAUGCUAUGAAAAUCUUAUGGAUGUGUGUCGUGGUUUAGCUGCUUCGUUAGAAAUCAAUACAAGUGCUGUCAUGACGGUCCAAGCAAUUCGUUCGAUGUCACUUCUAAUGCCAGAAAACGAAGAAGAUAUGUUAAAAAUUGAUGGUGUUACAAAAUCUAAUUUUGACAAGUUUGGUGAACCUUUAUUAGAAAUUACACGGCAAGCAGCUACAGAAAAGUUAGAAAUUUUAGGUACUGAAAACAAACAAAACUUCAAUGAAGCCGAUAGUAACAGUGAUUAUAAUCCAGAAAAUAGUUUUAAUUCUCCAUGUUAUGAAGAUAUGGUUAACCAAAUGUUAGAGAGUUCAAGAGGUAAAAAAAGAAAAGCAAAAUCUUCCACUAGAAAACCUAAACGGUUUAAAAAAGGCCGAGCAAAAAAGAAGUGUGGUUCCAAAAAUUCAUCUACAUCUACUAUGGCUAAGAUACGUAAGACGGCACUUAAAUUGAAUGCUAAAAUGCGCCCUAUAAGAAAACCUGGUUUCUUACAAUCGCCCAAAAAAUCGUCGACAUAAAUCAAUAUUGACAAAAUGUGAUAAGAGUUAGGUUUUUUUUUCAUAACAAUUAACAAAGUUCAAAUAUAUAAUAUAUUUUUUAUUUAAAUGAUCA